CUGGCAUCCAGUCAUUCAGUUUUAAAAUAAAGUGCUCUCCAUUUGCUCCAGGCGUGCAGCUCCAGUAUGGCAGGUGAAGCUGGAAGGAGCUGCAGAUCAUGUCAAACUGUAGCAGUCCUAUUGCUCCUGUGCUCUUUGGCCCCGAGUUUGACUUGUUCUAGCUUGAGAGGGAUGAGCGAAAGAGUUCAACGAGACGAGGCGGUUAGUGAGGCUGCAGUGAUGGAAGUGAGGAAAGGAAACAUUCUCUUUAAUGGGAAAGAGCUUAACUCUGAAUCGGGAUCUGCCUCUGCUGCUGCUCCCACAAGUAAGGAUGGCUUGCCAAAUGUUGAUUCAGAUCAGUCAGAUGGAACAAAGAAACUCAAACAGACAUCACAGCUGAAGGAUGCCAUGGCCAACGAAGCAGCAUGGAGGCGCUUGAAUCCUACUCUGCAUUGUGGUCAAACCAAGAUGAAGUUGAAAGCCAUGGGACCUGGAGCUGCUAAUUUACAGCUAGACACGGGCAAUGCACGUCCCCUUCCUCUGAUCCGGGUGCCUGAAGCCUGUGGAUACUCACGGCAGCAGAAUGCACUCGGCCUCGUUUUGGUUGUUCCCUAUGAUGGCUGCAAUGUGAUACGAGAGAAUGGGAACUAUGUGGUGCCAAUGAGUUGGCUGGAGACUCCAGUUAAACUCAUGUGCCCCAUAUCUAAAAGUCCUGGUGCAACACCUGCUUCAACUACCCCCAAGCCUGCUCAGCAUCCCUUGAAACUUCCUUUCCCUCACAGGCCCCGGAACCUGUAUCGUCAUAAACGACAAGUGAAUCAGCCAUAUUCCAUCUACGAUCCUCGCAAUCCAUAUGCCUAUUGGUAUUACUACAUGUAUAUGAUGAGACCAGCCCCCAGCACUGCGCCUCCUUCAACUACUAAGCCUGACACGACCACUGUAACUACCAAGCCAGCCACAGAGAAACCGCAAAUAAAUCCUCCUGCAUAUCCUUACUAUCUAUACUACCCAUUUUACCCUUACUACCCUUACUACCCCUACUACCCUCUCCCAAAGCCCCCAGCCACGACCACUGUGCCCCCAGCCACGACCACUGUGCCCCCAGCCACGACCACUGGACCUGGCACUACUCUAAUGACUACAGCCAUCAUGACUACCUCAGCCUCGACUACCAAGACUCCUCAAAAACCAUCAAUCCCUAAUUACCCACCAUAUUUUCCCUACUAUCCCUACUACCCUCCAGCAGGACACCAGUUGCCAGAAAACCCUGACAGCUCUGAAAUUUACUACUACCCAAUCAUUCAGCAUUUCUAUGGAAAGCCUCCAUACCCAGAAAAUCCAAGUCAACCAAUGCAAACUACUCGGCAUCCUACUCCCACAACUAAGCCAGGUGAUAUAAGUAAACCGAGUCAAUCAAGCCCUACACUGAAGUCAACGACUGCCUCUGGUCCCACGACUGCCUCUGCUCCCACUGCACAAACAACUAAACCAUGUUCCCAUACUACCACACCCAGCAGUAGCGGCUAUCCAGGCCCAAUGAGUCCAUAUGUUCCUUAUCACAUGCUCCCCUUCACUCCCUAUGUGUCGUACGAAUACAACAAGGCUGGCAAACUCCCAUAUUACCAGAAAUACGGGCCUCAUUCUGGUUACAAAUCUGGACUCCAGGCUCAAGCACACCCACACCCAGGCUUUCACUACUGGCAACCUGUCCCAUGGUUUCCCGCUCAGCAGGAAAAGACAUUCCUCAAGUUGACUGGAAAAAAUCCACAACCUAAAUAAGUCAACUUUGAAUGGGGCUGGUGUCCUAUAAUACUGAGCAUUCAAUAAACCAUGUUUUACUUAGAA